AGAGCACGGCGACGAGAAAUUCGAUCGCCAAUGUGUUCCCUCGCUCGAGUCCAUUGACUGAGUGAUACAUCCAUGCUUAGUCCCCGAUUCGAACGGCUCAUACAUCAUCCAUCAGACCAACCCUCAUCACGGGACAUCAUGUUGAAGAUUGCUCUGCUAUGUGCCGUUGCCACUGCUUUCGUGCUAUAUCUGCUCAUAUCCUCGAUUGCCACAAGGCGUCGCCAUGCUGCAGCGGCAAAGCAGCUCGGCUGUAGGCCAGCGCCCACAGAAUACCACCCGGAUGUAGUGGGACUGGUGAACUUGAUCAAGAUGCUACGGGCAAACAGCAAGAAUCAAGUCCUCGAGUACCUCCAAGGCGUGUUCGACGAUGUGUCGCGACGCACGAACAAGACAGUCUAUUCUUAUGACACGUGCAUCCUCGGCGACAGGGUUUUUAUUACGUGCGACCCAAGGAAUAUCCAGGCUAUUCUAGCUACUCAAUUCAAGGAUUUCGAGCUGGGGAAAAUCCGCACAGGCGCCUUUGCUCCAUUACUUGGUCAUGGAAUCUUUUCCGCGGAUGGGAAGCAAUGGGAGCACUCUCGUGCUCUUCUACGGCCCCAGUUCUCUCGUGAUCAGGUCAAGGACUUGGAUCUAGAAGAGAAGCAUGUACAAAACCUGCUCAGAGCACUUCCUGUGGAGGCAGACCGUUGGACGAGCACCAUCGAUAUUCAACCUCUGAUAUCCCGGUUCACCAUGGACUCGGCUAGCGAAUUCCUCUUUGGAGAGAGUACAAACAUUCAACUCUCUGCGCUCUCCGAGGUGGCCGCCGCGAAAAACGCUGAAGACCGCGCCUUCGUGGAAGCUUUCGAGGCCUGCCAAGACCGCAUGGCCAAGGCGCUGCUGGUGAAUGAAUUCUACUCCGUGAUGCUGACGAAGAAGCAUAGGGACGAUUGUCGACUGUGCCAUGAAUACAUCGACCGGUUUGUGCACAAAGCCCUGGGCCGCGACAGAAAGCAAGAUCCCGUCGAGAGCGGCAAAAAGGAAAAGUACGUCUUCCUUGAGAGCCUUGUCCACGAGACUCGAGAUCCUAUCGAGAUUCGGAAUCAACUUUUGUCGAUUCUCCUGGCAGGUCGGGAUACCACCGCUUCGUUGCUGAGCUUCUUGUUCCUCAUGCUGGUCCAAAAUCCCGAAAUAUUCGACAAGCUGCGGUCAGCCAUUCUGGACGACUUUGGAACUUUCAAAUCGCCUAAAAACCUCACAUUUACGGACUUGAAGGCUUGUUCAUAUCUGCAAUGGUGUAUCAAUGAGACCUUGAGGCUUUACCCUAGUGUGCCUCUCAAUGGACGGCGGUGCACAAGGGACACCAGCCUGCCCUUCGGGGGUGGCGAGGAUGGCCUGUCGCCUGUUUUUGUACCGGCUGGCACCGAGAUCGCCUAUUUGGUGUAUGUCAUGCAACGGCAUCCCGACUUCUGGGGGUCAGACGCGGAUACCUUCAGACCGGAGCGGUGGCAAAAUCACAAGUAUGGCUUCGAGUAUUUGCCGUUUAACGGUGGGCCAAGGAUUUGUCUCGGACAACAGUUUGCUUUGACCAAGGCCGCAUACGUGACUGUUCGCCUUCUACAGCGCUUCGACAAGCUCGAUGGAUCAAGCGUUCCUCCAGGGCCGAUCAAAUGGGCCGUGACCUUGACCGGCAAGCCCAAAGACGGUGUCAAGUUGCGGCUGCAUGCUGCAGCUGAAGACUAGCACGUCUUCGUUGGUGUCGGUUGGGUGGUAAAGCGUUGCAUCAAAAGCGGAAGUGGACAAGUGAGAGUGGCCUCUUCAAGACGGCUUCAAGAGAACAAUUCCAACCGAGGUGCUAUAUCGAAGCUGUCGACCGUCAUAGCAUUGGAUACUGAAGCCCAAGAUCUCUUCUCCCAGCUUAGAGCUCGAAAAAUGUGAAGCUGGGAAAUGCCAGAACCUGUUGGAGAGCUGAUCGAUAUCUGGGCAUUGAGGUUAGAGUGUUUCGAGGCAUGUCAGAUGUCCAUGUGCAGGUAUCGCCUGGACCACUAUUUUGCUUAAUCAGAU